CCCGUCGUGAGAAGACGCGCUCCCGCCGCCCAGCCUCCUUCCCUCUGACUCGCAGCAAUUCGACGCUGCCUUGCACCCACCCGUCCCGCCUCGCCUCGCCUCGCGGCGUGCCAAUCACCGCGAGGAGCACGAAUGAACAAGCCCCCUGUCCUGAUCCUCCUCAAUCAAGACUUGAUGACACGGCGGGCUCGGGGAUGUGCGAUGUUUGAAGUUAACCGUGCGAGGAAUGACUAGGAGCGCGAUCCGCUGCGGAAGAGGGAAGCGGGUGCGGUACGGUACGGUACGGCCCGCCACGGCUGUCGGCUUUGUGCCAUUCGGCUUGAGAAACUUCGAGCUGACCUUGAGACUUGCGGAUGCAUCUCUCCUGUCCUGUAUGAGCGCAAGGCUUCAUUUCAUCCCUCCCAUCUAAUCACCAUCUCAAUCUCCUCGCAUCAUCUCGCCUGGCCUCGCCUGGCCUCGCCACGCCACAUUAUGCGACACCUCAGCGUCUUCCCACCUCUCAUCUUCCUCGUCUCUGCCAUGAUGGCUGUCGCGAGCGCACGACAUGUCUCUCUGCCUCGCGGCGCCUCUCUCAUCCAUCUAAGCCCGUGCGGCUCAUCCCCAGGCGUGGUCCCCGCCUUUGUCAACUCCGGGUGGGCCCACCCAAACCAGACCUCGCACGCCACAACGGCAUACAUAACGCAGCAUGGUACGGGUGCGCACUUCGACGUCGACUUUGCCGCGGUGCACAACGUCGUCGGCGACCAAGAGGCAGUCGUGAUCGCUCCCGCCUUCCACGUAGCGACGGCUCCGCGGUCGCGCUACUACUCGCCGGACAAAACCCUCGCCUGGGCAGACGGCGAGGUCACCUGGGCAGGCGGGUACGACUCUGUCUCCCCUUUUGCCUCGUCGUGCUCCAGCUUCCGCACGUACGAAGCAAUCCUCGCAGCACUUACGGACCGGUCUCGUUUCCCUGCGCUGCACACCAUAGUCUGGGCAGGCCACUCCGCAGGGGCGAGUAUGGUGCAACGCUGGUCUGUCCUUUCACCCGAGUCGGCAGGGCAUAGGACGCGAUACAUCCUAGCUAAUGCUCCGGAGACGACGUAUUUUUCUGACGUGAGGCCUCGAGAGUACGACCGAACUGCCUGCCCUGGGGCAGGGCGCUACCCCUUCCAGUGGACGAGGCAGGGCGGGGGUAUGCCGCGCUACGUUGCUGAGCGGGACGGAGGCGGGGAGGAGGCUGCGUUCAGAGGGUGGGCGGGAAGGGACGUUACGAUUUUGAUCGGAGAUAGGGAUACGGAGUCGCGUUUCCCUGGUGGGGAUGAGGGGUGCGCUCCUCGCUCGCAGGGGGGCGUGAAUCGAAGGGAGAGAAACUAUGCCGCUUGGGCGUACAGCGUUCUUCUGGCUGGAGCGGGUGCGCGAGAGGAUGUGAGCCGAUACACUGGGUACGACUAUCUGAAGUCGCGCGUCAGCCCAGUGGGUGGGGUGACGUUCAGGCACAAAGUCUGCGUUAUGGGAGGGGUAGGGCAUGAUGCCACAGCGGUGUAUGCGAGUCAGUGUGGACGGGAUGCUCUCUUCGAUCGAGGAUUGAAGGCGAGCGUGGGCGCCAGCUACCCUUGAUAGCGGGCGAUGCGAUGUGUGAUAUCUGGCGCCCGUGUUGCGACUGCCGCUCAUCGUCGAAUGAUUGAACCCUCGUAGCG